UUGAGGAAACUAAAUGUCUGUGUUUCUCAUGGCUCUUAAUCACUGAGUGAAACGCCACCCUUCAUUGUAAGUGUGUCACAACCUGAUAACCGACAGGUCAAAUUUAACUGAGUACAAUUUAUAUCUUUCAGUCUCCGGGGGGAUGGUGCAGAGGUCAGGCUCAGCAGCCUAGCUCAAGGCCCAGACAGGUGUCCCUGGAGUUUCUGCUGGCAGAUCACAUUCAAAUAGAGUCAGUGAGAGACCAGUGUCCCCACUGCGGGCCCUUCCCACAUCACAGUCUGAGUAGAGGGCCCUUGGGAGUGAACCCGGGAUUUGUGUCCUGAUGGCCAAGGGCAAAUGGAGGAAGAGGAAGACAGUGAACCCCAGGCUGAAGCACUUCAGCGCCUAGUGUUUUCCUAGAACGUGUGUCUUUAUGAAGCAUUAGAUACUUAGAGAUGAGAAGCCCAAGUUAAAACCAGACUGAAGAACUUCAUCUAAGUUUAGCAACUCAUGAUUCCAUCUGGGGGGUUUAACCAACUAACAAUUUUUUUCCUUCAGCAGGAAGACUAACCUGCAGGCUUCCCUAUUCAAUUCACACCAGAAAGGACGAUUUAGGAACUAAGACAGUUUUUUAAGAGGUGACCACCAUGAUCCCCUGGGUGCUCUUGGCCUGCGCCCUUCCUUGUGCUGCCGACCCGCUGCUAGGUGCCUUCGCCCGCAGGGACUUCCAGAAGGGCCCCCCUCAACUCAUCUGCAGCCUGCCUGGCCCCCAGGGCCCAGCCGGCCCCCCAGGAGCUCCAGGGCCAGCAGGAAUGGUGGGAAGAAUGGGCUUUCCGGGCAAAGAUGGCCAGGAUGGCCAGGACGGGGACCAGGGGGACAAUGGAGAAGAAGGUCCUCCUGGCCGGACAGGUAACCGGGGAAAGCCAGGACCGAAGGGCAAAGCCGGGGCCAUUGGGCGCGCCGGCCCCCGCGGCCCCAAGGGGGUGAGCGGGGCCCCGGGGAAGCACGGCACGCCGGGCAAGAAGGGGCCCAAGGGCAAGAAGGGGGAGCCGGGCCUCCCGGGCCCCUGCAGCUGCGGCAGCGGCCACGCCAAGUCGGCCUUCUCGGUGGCGGUGACCAAGAGCUACCCGCGGGAGCGGCUGCCCAUCAAGUUCGACAAGAUCCUGAUGAACGAGGGCGGCCACUACAACGCGUCCAGCGGCAAGUUCGUCUGCGGCGUGCCGGGGAUCUACUACUUCACCUACGACAUCACGCUGGCCAACAAGCACCUGGCCAUCGGCCUGGUGCACAACGGCCAGUACCGCAUCCGGACCUUCGACGCCAACACGGGCAACCACGACGUGGCCUCGGGCUCCACCAUCCUGGCUCUCAAGCAGGGGGACGAGGUCUGGCUCCAGAUCUUCUACUCAGAGCAGAAUGGGCUCUUCUACGACCCUUACUGGACCGACAGCCUCUUCACCGGCUUCCUCAUCUACGCCGACCAGGACAACCCCAACGAGGUGUAGGCCGGCCAGUGCUGGGUCUCCGAGGAGGCCAGUGGCUCCUAGACUUGUGCUUCCAGAGCAAGACCCCUGAACUGUCCGCCGGGGACUGGGAAUCGGGAGCUUCUAACCUCAGGCCGACCUCCUCUACCCCUGUUUCCCUCCAUCAUUAAACCCAAGCUUUUUAAUUCA